GCUCUGAUGAUUUGAUGGGUGACCCGGGGGAAAAAAUAAACUCGGACCAUGGCAGGCAGGAGCACGCGAGAGGGGAGGAACCUCACCUCUCAAUGCCAAACGUAGCAAAUUUUGCUGAUGCCCAGGAAGGAAGCUGCGUGUGCCUGCACUGGCUCCACUGCCCCCACUUUCUUUGGCAGGCACAGGUCUCUCUGCCCACUGGCCUGGUUCCAUCUUUGGCAUGACAUUCCCCAGCCAAACCCAUCAAUUUCCCUUGUUCGGAGUUGUCCGUCGACCUUGUCGACCUCGUCUCCCUCGACAACGUCAGACACCUCGGUGGGGCAACGUCGUCCUGCUCAUGUCAAACCACACCGACGACGCGCUCGGACUCGAGGGAUCAGCAACCAGCAACCAGCAACCAGCAGCCGACCGGUUACGAAGUACUUCGUACCUACUCCCACGUUCACGCCCACGCUCACGCCCACACCCACUUCCACUUCCACUCCUCCCACUCCUCCCACUCACACCACCACUUACACCUACUCCCCCCCUGAUGCCGUGUCGCGACCGGCCCGUGGAUUCGCCUGCCGGCACUCUCCCCGCAACGCCCGCGACGCCUUUAUCCGCCUUGCUCUUCUACCCAUCUAGGCAAUCGCUGAUGUUUCUCGGCUGAAGCGUUGUCCCCCCGAGAUACAUGCAAGGUACCCGCCACUGGCGUUUGACACCCAACGUGCGUGACCCUGUGCGACUCAGGCGUCGGGGAAGAAGGCGAACGCGCCGCGCGCUAGUUACUGACUGAACUCUCGUUCACAUCUCCUCCAGCGGCCUCCCCCGCCGUGUUUGGUCGUGUUUGGUCUUGUCUGGCCAUGACGGCGCCUAGGGCCAGCUCGGGAAAAGAAAGCGAGCCCACGGGUCUCUCGGUGGACUGUGUGUACCUAGGCGUCUCG